GCUGGCACCUCCUACGUAAAACCGACGCCCGCGGCCGAUCCAAUAUUGACCUGUCGAGGCCACACCUUUCAUCAUGACCAACCAACAACAGGACACACUACCACUUCUAACCGAGCGCCUGCGAUCUUCUUGCAAUCCUUGCGGGACCGCCAAGGUGAAAUGUAAUCGCGGACAGCCUCAAUGCCAUCGCUGCGCUGGUAUGGGCUUGGAUUGUGUCUACGGAGUUACGCGCAAGUCCGGAAAGCCGCCGCGGAAACGUCUAGCGUACACGAAGCGUCCGCCCACCGCCAUAACAACACUCACCGCUAUGACAACACCUACAAACGAUGCCCCGAACGCUCGCGACACAAGCUUCUUACGCCCUAGACCGUCGGAUUGCCUUGGACCACCGUCGAGCAUCCAACCUUCAGAUUUAAUGAUGACCGACAUUCCAAUACAGCCUGACAUUGCCAACGGUGUUGAUGACCACAACUCACUCGAGCCCUCAUUCUUCGUCCCCCAAUCCUCGUCAAUGUUCCUCGACAACUGGGACCUGGACUUGGGCCCAAAUCUUUCUUCGUUUGUGCCCGCGACCUUCGCCCCGGACGAGCGCGACGGCUUCUCCCUAGCGACACCGUCGGUUUCUACCGAACACGACUGCCCCCUGAAGUCGUUUCAAGUCUUCAGGGAUUUGACAGCGGUUCCGUCUCUGUCCGAAGAAAACGCGGAUACUAUCUUGGCGCAACUCGACCGGGUACUGCAGGCCAACAGGAAUGCCAUUGACCGCCUCACGAGUCUUCUCAAAUGUUCCUGCGUCAAGCCGCCAUACCUGAUUAUGCUUCACUCAUCUAUCAUCUCCCGAAUAUUGGGCCUGUACCAACAGGCGGCCGGGUCCGCUCACACCGUCCGACGUGGUCCAGCAGCAGAAACAGCUCAAACAGCAGCCGCCGGUAGCUCGCCGGCGUCUUCUUACUCGACACCGGCAUCCGGCACCACCAUCAACACCAGUAACGCGGAGAUAGGUACGAGGGGGAUUUCCGACGAAGUCGCACAGUUGCCCUUUUCGCUGGGAAGAUUCAGCAUAGAGGACCCCUGUGUGCAGUUCGCCUUCAAAAAUCUGCUGAUCGGCAACGAGCUCAAGAGGGCAGGCAGUUUGAUCGGCCUCUUCGCCUCGCAGUCUGCCGGGGAUAAUGCGGAUGGUCUCCGCUCAAGUCUAAGCGCAUGGCUUCGGGCCGAUCAUUCCAGCACGGUCAGGAUAUUGCGGUCCGCAAUCAAGGAGCUAAAUGAUGGCAUCGACCUUUAACCAAGGUCAUGGUCCCUAAGACUUUCCUUUUGUUAUAUGGCUAGUCCUUUUUCACCAUUCUCCGUUCUACAUAGUAUAUACUAUCAGUCUUAGUUACGAAUUCAACCUCUUUUCAUACCACAAAA